UGAGUGUGAGUGUGUAUGUGAUUGUGCCCUGUGAUGGAUUGGCACCCCAUUUAGGGUGUAUCCCGCCUCGUGUCCCAUGCUCCCUGGGAUAGGCUCCAGGUUCCCCUUGACCCUGAAGGAUAAGCGCUACAGAAAAUGGAUGGAUGGAGUUGAGUGUAAACAGGGUGUGGUUAUGGAGGAAAGGUGUUAAACCCAGCGACAUGGCAACCCUGUUCUGAUUAGUUCAAUCUGGCAACCCUGCACGGGAUCCUCCUCCAGUUCAGUGGAACAGCUGCUGGGGCUCUGAGAGGAACAGCGCAGGAAAAUCCCCCACGUCUCAGUCCUCUCCUUCUUCUUCUUCUUCUUCUUCUUCUUCUUCUUGUUCCUGCUGCUGGAAUCCCGUCAUGUGCCUUACCGAGAGGAGAGAACCUGAGCGCGUGAAGAAGAUUCGGGACUGAAGAGAAGGGAACCGGAACACACCGACCAGCCGCGCGCGCAUGUGUGUGUGUGUGAGAGAGAGCUAUUAAUCAUAUUUAUUGCACUGCUGAGAAUCUGAUAAUGCUGUGUGUCUGAUGAGAUGAACGGAAACGAACCCGUUGUGGAAUAAUCUGGGAAUAUUUGGGGAAUAUUUGGGUUUUCUCUGAGGGGGAAGUGUGCUGUUCAAGCAGGGAGCGCCUGGAGGAAUUCUGGGAGUUUCCUCUGAUUAUUUUCAUUCCUCAGUGACCAUCUAGUUUCCUCAGGAGCUUGGACUCAUCUCCAGCAUGCGGAACAUCUCCGCUCUGUGCUGCCUGAUCCUGCUUCCCACAGCGUUCACACUCGCCCUCCUCCCGGACCCGGGGCCGCGGUUAAACGGAACCGGGGAUCACCCUGAGCGCUACCUGCACAUCGGAGACGGAUCGUCGCUGGAGUUUGAAUUUCCUGAAAACACCAAAGGCGUGAUCGUGAUCUCGAGCCGGCGGCAGAGCUGGAGGCAGACGGUGCGAGUGCGCUCCUUAGAACCGGACGUGCUCUCCAUCCUGAACGUCAGCGACAGUGAUGGUGGACGUGCCGGCCCGGUGAACAGCUACGUCAUCAGCAUCCGCUCUGGAUUACCCGGAACUGCUCCGUUACUCAUCCAGCUGCUGGAUCUGGAGCCCAGUUCCGAGCCGGUUCUGAUCGAAGAGCGGCGGGAUUAUUCCAUCCGGGUGGCGCCGGGUGGAGAUGGAGACGGAGACGGUUCUGCGCAGCUCGCUCACUUCUCCGAGCACCCGGUUCUGUUCGCUCUCCUGCCCCUCAUCUUCGUCAACAAGUGUGCGUUCGGUUGUAAGGUGGAGGUGGAGGUGCUGCGUGAUCUCCUGCGCCGGCCCGUCCCACUCCUCCUCGGGAUCGUGGGACAGUUCCUGGUGAUGCCUCUGUACGCGUACGCCGUGUCCCAGCUGGUGGCGCUGCCCAAAGCGCUCGCUCUGGGGCUGGUCAUCACCUGUUCGGCGCCGGGCGGAGGAGGCGGCUAUCUGUACAGCCUGUUGUUAGGCGGAGACGUGACCCUGGCCAUCUGCAUGACCCUAGUGUCCACCGUGUUUGCGACGGCGGCCAUGCCUCUUUCGUCAGCGCUGUACGGGCGGAUGCUCGGCGUCCACGCCGCCCUCCACGUGCCGUUUGUGAAGAUCCUGGGCACGCUGCUGUUCAUCGCCAUCCCCAUCUCCCUGGGCGUGUGCGUCAAGCUGCGGCUGCCGGCGCUCACCCGGGUUCUCCUCGCCCUCAUACGCCCCUUCAGCUUCCUGCUCAUCGUGGGCGGGGUCUUCAUGGCGUAUCAGAUGGGCGCCUCCAUCCUGGCCAACGUGCAGCUCUACAUCGUGCUGGUGGGCGUCACGGUGCCGCUGCUGGGGCUGCUGGUGGGCUUUGGGCUGGCGCGCGCGGCCGGACUCGCUGUGCCGCAGAGGAGGACGGUGGCCAUCGAGGUGGGUGUCCAGAACAGCCUGCUCGCCCUCGCCGUCAUGCAGCUGUCGUUCCGGCGCGCGGAGGCGGACUUCGCGUCUCAGGCGCCGUUCAUCGUCGCUCUCAGCAGCACCAGCGAGAUGCUCCUGCUCGUCAUCGCACACCUCACACACAGACGACUCUGCCACACGGACAAAAACAAUUCUGAGACCUGAUACACACUAACACACACACACUCACACUCACACACACUCACACACACACUCACACACACACACACUCACUGAAACCAAAGGCAUUCCUUUUUUCUAAGCACUGAAUGAACCUUAUGUAAGAAAUUUGUGAUAUUUUUCUAACACAUUUGUGUGUUUUGUACGUUUGUAUCCUGUUUAUAAAUGUAUGUGUGUGUGUGUGUGUGUGUGUGUGUGUGUGUGUUGAGCUCUUGGUAUGGUCUUGGUUGUCUCAGAGAACAAAUGUACUUGAAUUGUGUGUGUGUGUGUGAGAAAGAGGGGUGAAUAAACCCACUUUGAAAGGGA